AUGGUGGGCUCCAUCAUCUGGACCGACGAGGAGACUCGUUACUUCCAGGCCCUGCUCGCCUGGGAACCCACUAAGGCCGAAGACGGCACCACCAGGAAGUCCGCCCUUCCAGAAAGACCCCCCGCUGGUGAAUUCAGGGUCCUUGUUCUAGGGGCUAAGGGUUGUGGCAAGACAUCCAUACUCACGAGGUUCUGUCAGGGCGCUUCCACCGGUAAGAGCAACCCGUCUCCCAACCCGGACUACGAGCGGGGAUGCCGCCGUAGAGUCCGCAUCGAGGAAGAGACGUACGUGGUCGACGCCCUCGAGCUGCCCUCGCAGCACCUGCUGAACGAGCACUACGUCCAGCAAGCGGCCAACAUAACGGAAGCGGCAGCCCUGGUGUACGACGUCGGGUCCCGGGACUCGUUCGAAGUCCUGCAGGGCAUAUUCGACACCAUCCGCGAGACGGUAGGGAAGCGGGAAUAUGGGCUUAUCCUCAUAGGCAACAAAUCCGACAGCGACGCCGACGACGACGCGCGCCAGGUCCCCUGGGCCGAGGGCUACAAGCUAGCCCAGAGCCAGAUUAAGCUGCGCUGCAUGUUCCUCGAGACGUCGGCGCGCACGGGCGAGAACGUCGAUAAGCUCUUCCCGCAGCUGGGCAAGGAGGUGCUCCGGCUCAGACGGCUCGUGCAGCAGCGGAGAGUGCAGCAGCAGCAGCACCAGCAGCUACUGGCCGAGCAGGGGGACACGGAAGGUAUGGAGGCUGAUCUUAUACAGGGGAAGCGGUCGCUGCCGAAGUGGAAGGCCUGGACGCGGCCCUGGCUUCGGCGCAAGUCGGAGGCGAGGAAGGCUGCUGCUGUUGCUUGA